AUUUUCACUUGAUACUAAAUUUUUUAUCUGUGAUAGUUUUGUGUAAACAUUAAACAAAUUGUUUGAAUACAUGUGCACCUCGUGCAAAUAAAAGAGUUUAUUUUAAAUAAUUGAACUGCGAUAUGAUAUUAAAUUAAUAAUUGUAGCAGUCAUAAAAUGUCUGGUUAUUUGGAGGUGAAGUAUCCCUUUAAAUCGAAUCUGGGACUGAAUCCUUUCAAGUCGUGGAAAAGACAAUGGUGUAUUCUUCGGCCGAGUCCGAUGAGUGCUGGUGGUGGUUCGCUAGCUGUGUACUGCAGCGAGGCGGGGUCUCCUGCAGGGACGGUUGAAUUACGUUCUGGUUGUAUCGUAAAACGUGCGAAAUCUCGUACGCGACCUCAUGCAUUCGCCGUGUUCUCUAUCGAGGAGCCGUGCAAGCCUCGGAUCUUAUUGGCGGCACAGAGCCUCCAAGAAGCGCAACAUUGGAUGGAUAAAAUCAGAGACUUAUUAAACGGCGACAAGCUUCUAGGCACAGAAUCAUUGCUUAAAGAUUCUUAUUCAGUGACGAUCAUACCUACCGAAUUGUCACGUAAAUGUGUUAUAACUGGUGACAACAAUGUAACAUUAUCGUCGACCGGUCUGAUGGUUUCUCGUCCACAAACCACAGACAUGAUGAUACGUUGGCAACACAUUACUGAUGUUCUCCAGACCAGAGAGAGCGGAGAUAAGAGCAAAAUAUGUGUGCUCAGUAUUGAUAGUGGUUUCAACGGUGGCGGGGAGAUGAAAUUCAGCAGCGCACUCUCGGGGGAGCUGGCUGGCGAGCUGGCGGGUGCGGUGCGGCAGGCGCUGCGGGAGCGAGCUCGGGCUCCGCCACUGAGCCGCAGUCAACCCGAUCUGACAGCGGUGUGUCAUGAAAUGGGCGAAUUACGUCGCAGCAGCUGGUACAGCGGGCCAUCUGAAGUGUCCCUCGAUGACACCGAUCUCAUUAUGUCUAAGGAGGCGCGCCGCAUCCCGAGCGGGCAGCUGGCCCGCACGCGCGCGCGCCGCCUGCUGCGCGCCUCGCUGGCCGAGCUCGUCUCCUUCGACGACGGCGCGGCCGACCGCCGCUCGCUGGCGUCCGUGUCGUCCGGAGUGUACGAGGAGAUCACAGAGGAGGCGGCGCCGCGGGAGGAGCACACGUAUGAAUCGGUGGCGGACUGCGUGUACGCCACGUGGCGCCGCACCGGCAAGCGGCACCCGCCCCCCCUGCCGCCGCGCACGCCCGCUCUCACUAUGAAGCUGGGCGAGACGUGGGGCUGCGCCGGCGACGGUGUCACGCGGCACUCGUCGCUGGGCUCGCUGCACCACAAACCCACCCGGCCCGCCAAACCCUUCAGCGUGUUCAGAAAAAGACUCAAAAGCGACUCCCGCAUAGCAACAUCACCGAAAUCGGAAACGGCCAAGGAUAAGGACGUCGAGACGAAAAAGAAAAAGUUCGACUUCACGCCCACGCGGGAUAUAUUCAAGAGCUUCAAGGUGAGUCGGAAGAUGAAGAACCUCAAAAUCACCUCGGGCGGCCUCACGAAGGGCGAGACGAAGAGCUGCGAGUUCCUCGACGAGACGCAGCACGUCACGGCCAACCGCUGCUCCAAGUCCGUGGAGUGCCUGGACGGCGGCGACGGCUUCGACGAGUUCGGCGGGCCGCUGGCGCUGGUGCCGCCGGCGCUGGUGCAGCUCAUCCUGCGCGCGCCCGAGCUGGCGGAGAGCGAGUACAUGCCCAUGUCGCCCAUCGCGCCGGCCGCCGGCGAGCACCACUACAUGGUCAUGUCGCCGCGCCCCAAGCUGGCCUGAGCCCAUGUCGCCGCGAAGCCGGCUGUGAUAUUAUUUUGAUGGUUGAGUUACUUAGUUAGCGUACUCGUAACGCUAGUUCGAUUGACUUGGCUGUCGUCAGAAAUUUUAGUAUUACUUUUAUCCGUCCAGAAUGGACCGUAGAGUUGAACGGUGGGGCGAUGAGAUUUAGUGAAAAAAACCAGUCUCUUCAGAAAAUAUCAAAACGGAAUACAUAAUAGUUACUAAAUUUAAUAGCGAAAGAGUAGUAAAAAACACAGUAUUACAGACAAUUUACAUAUAUUUUUAUAAAAAAUAAAUAACAGAGUCACGUGACCAAAAGGACAAAUUUUACUUUAUUUUCAUAUAAGUAUUUAUUACAAACAGUGUUCAACAUCAUUAGUAAAACAAACUUUCGUUCUGACCAAAGUACAGGGGUUCACUUUGGUUUUGCUACUUGAAUGUCGAGGGUAUCACACAUUUUAAGUUUACCUUUAUCAACAUGAAUAAAUGUCAAUUCUUGUUGUACAAACAAUAUAAAUUAUUAAAAUCAGUCAUGUUUAUUUUUGCAUUACAAGUUUUUUUUUUUUAAGUUAGUUAUUGUGAUGUUCUUUUUUAUACAAAUAGUUUAGAUCAUAUUUUGUGAUUAUUAAAUCUCGUAUGCAUAUUUAUGUAAGUUGAUAUUUUGCAUAAAUUUUCUAUUGUUUCUAUGUGAUAAUAUCCUCCUCUUGACCGAUUUCGUCCACGGUUACUGAUCCCAAGGGAGACUAGCCAAUAGAUAGAUCAUUUAUAAAAUACAUGACAAAGACAGUUUACGAAAUUUGACUAUCGAUAAUAGACAAAGAAUUAACUCCUCCAGAACGCCGAUGUUGAUAAAUAAAUGUAUAGGAAAUUGUUGGAUUGUAUAGGAAACGUUCGUGACGGAUUUUUAUUUAUUUUUAGUCUGCCUAAUUAUUAGUAAAGGAAGGUCGAUGAAAAAGACUGAAGGAGAAAGCUUUAUAUGAACAUACUUUAACGUUACUGCUCUGAAAUUAUGCAAUUAAGAAACAUCGGUGAUUAGAAAAUAGUUUAGACGAUAUACUAGCUUUAUGUUCAAAUGAUAAUUUAAAACACGAAAAGUAAUCGUUAUAAUUUAAGAUUCAAAGUAAGUAUAUCAAAUAGACAAAUAUCUAAACACCGACGAAACGCGACUCGCUGCAAUUUCAGAGCGGCAAAGUUAAAUUAUUUUUAUCGUACGUAGUCUGAGCUAGUAUAAAAACUUCGUGAGGUAUGCCAUAGAAAAGAAUUUGUUUGAAUUUAGAUAAAAUGUAGUUAAUAGAGCUUCAUUUUGAAGGGAACGGAUUUAUUUGCGCUGAUGUGUUGUGAUAUUAUGUAUUAUCUUGUUAUAUCGGGCUUAAAGGCUUUUGUUGAUUUUGACAUGUAUUAGACUGAAAUGUUGGAAAAUAUUGAAAAUUUUUGGACGUUCGUUUUGUGUUUGCGUCGGUGAAGUUUAUGUGCCCAAUAAUAAAGGCAAGUAGCUUAAUUUGUAUAGCAAUUAUUAAAGUUUAAGGUCGCUUUUCGCUAUUCAAAUUCUGACCAACAUACAUACAUUAUGAUAGCUUGUAAGUACUUAAUAUUAUGAUAAUUAAGAUGUUUUAUCACCUAAUAAAAUAAAACGAUCUCUGAAACUUGUAGACAGUAUUUAUAUAAGCAUUAAGUGAUACGGCGUUUAUUUUGCAAUUGUAUUUUAUUGUAAGGUCUAAGGUCCGUGUGUGUACCCAGUGUGUACGUGUGAGUGUGUUCUACACACACACGUACCCCAUAUUCUACAUUUCAAUCGAAAACCGAAUGAAAUCAGUAAUCAAAUUUUGUUUCUGAUACAAACAUAUCAUAUGCUUUUGUUUAUUUGUUCUAUAAAAAGGUAAAAUGAUUUAUAAAAAAGAUUAAAGAAAUCGUACAUAAUUAGUUCUCUAAUUCAAUCAAAUCACUUUCAAUUUGAAUGCGAUUUUGAGUAAAGCGACGUGCGUUGAGAGUUAAACGAGUCGUUUGCCUAAUUUAAAUAAAGAUUUGCUUCAAUUACAUCGGCUCAAAUGGCUUUAAUUAAACGUAUUAUGAAUUUUUUGUUUCUUUUUUUUUCAAACUAUAUCAUUAUGGCCAAACGUUGCCAGGAAAACUGUGUAAUACAUAUUCUAUUGUAUACUUUUAUAUGUAUCUUUUAAUAAUGUUUGUUGUUGCCAUACAGCGGUUGCGGAGCAAGAACAAUUUCGUAUGUUGAAUGGACAUAAGUUGUUUCUUUCACUUGUGUAUGAAUAUAUUGCCAUCGCAUUGGCACACGUGUGUUAAGGCCGUCAUCUGUGUUUUUAAACCUUUUGUCAAUUGUCUUAAACAAUAUGAUUUAUUCACGUGCAUCACGUGCAUGUGCAUGUUCUUUGGUUUGUCUACUAUUUAUGUUAGUGUAUAGUUCGAUAAAAAUAUACUAAUUACAUAUUCACAGCAGAAUACCGUAGAUUAAAUAAUAUAAUGUAGAUUUUGUAAUCUUCCUCUACGACUUCGCAAUAUUUUUAAAUGUUUUAGCCACUGGCAAUAACAUACAUAUCUUUAACCAAUUCUACUAACUUAUAAAAGUUCCGAUAUCUUUCCGAUUCUCUUCCGAUCCAUCUUCUACGGAACCGCAACUGGACCGUCGUGUUACUAGAAUAGAAAACCAGCUAAUCGGCAAUGAUUAUUUUCUAUCCGAUUAAGUGAGAAUUAUUUAGUAGAAUUGUUCCGAAGGUCAAUGUUCGAAAUUCUUGCUCCGCGACCAGCAUUGCUGCGAUUUUUUACAGUAGAGUAUUUUCCGACUAAUUGAGAUAUAUUUUAGUUAUAAUGCGUUUUAAAAGGAUUCAGGAUAAGAUAGUUAUAGUUUAUACCGCCUUACGUGUCUCAUUAUACGAUUAACGAAUAUGUGAUAUUUAAUUAUAUUCACAACAUGGAUAAUGACUUAAUUAUAAACAUAAUUAUCUGUAACGAAUUUGACACGAUAAUUACGAAACUGUAGUGUGAAUUUCAUUUACAUAUCUUUCAUAAGACCGUUAUGUAAGCUGUACUGUUGUUUUUACUGUUUUUUUUUUUUGUUGUGUGCCAAGUAAGUAGCGCUUGUGUUAUAUGUGUAUAUUUAUGGUGUAAUAUACUGAGACAUUAUUUUGUACCUUAUGUGGAAACAGUAUACUAAUAACUUUUUUUAUUUAAGCUUAUUUAUUUAAUUCCGCUGAUCUGAAUUUGAAUAUUCUCGUUUCAUAUGGAACACACCCUUCGUUGAUAACUUGUGAAUAUUAGUCAAUUUGAGAUUAUACAGAUGUUACUUAAUUAUAUUAUGUAUCUGUAUAUUCGAUGGACCAAAAUCUCGUUUAUAAUUUUCUAUUUAUUUUGCUUUAAGAUCUUCAAUAAAGAAUUACAUUGUGUUGUUUAAAUAAAGUUUGUACGUGUA